AAUAAUUACUUAUAUACUGUCAUAAAAUCUCCAUUUGAAUAUUAUUGGAUAAUAAUAGAUUAAUAGACUUAUAUCACUAUUUUUAACACUAAUCAUGUUUAAACCUAGUUUUAGAGUUUUCCAGAAGGUGGUUUCUCUGGGUAGAAUACCACCUGUCAAGUUAGCAUAUAAGAAUAUGUUAAAAGAUCCAUCCACCAAAUACGCUGCAUUCAAAGGUGUCAAAUUACCAAACAGAGUGUGGCCCAACAAAUCGAUCGAAAAAGCACCUAGAUGGUUGUCUACUGAUUUAAGAGAUGGUAACCAAUCAUUACCUGAUCCUAUGUCUGUUGAAGAGAAGAAAGAAUAUUUCCAUAAGUUGAUUGAAAUUGGGUUUAAGGAAAUUGAAGUUUCUUUCCCAUCUGCUUCACAAACAGAUUUUGAUUUCACUAGAUAUGCUGUUGAACAUGCUCCAGAAGAUGUGUCUAUUCAAGUUUUAACUCAAUCCAGAGAACCAUUAAUUAGGAGAACCGUAGAAUCUGUUAAGGGUGCUAAAAAGGCAACUAUCCAUACUUACUUAGCCACCUCAGAUGUUUUCCGUGAUGUCGUAUUCAAUAUGUCUCAAGAUGAUGCUAUAGCUAAAGCUAUAGAAACAACUAAAUUAGUCAAAUCAUUAACUAAAGAUGAUCCAUCUAUGCAAGAAACUGAAUGGACCUUAGAAUUCUCACCAGAAUGUUUUUCAGACACUCCAACUGAGUUUGCAGUUAAAAUCUGUGAAGCUGUUAAGAAAGUUUGGGAACCUACUAAAGAAACUCCUUUGAUUUUCAAUUUACCUGCUACGGUUGAAGUUGCAUCUCCAAAUGUAUAUGCUGAUCAAAUUGAAUACUUCUGUAAUCACAUUAGUGAACGUGAAAAAGUCUGUGUUUCAGUUCAUUGUCAUAAUGAUCGUGGUUGUGGUGUUGCUGCCACUGAAUUGGGUUUAUUGGCUGGUGCUGAUAGAGUUGAAGGGUGUCUUUUUGGAAAUGGUGAAAGAACUGGUAAUGUUGACUUAGUCACUGUUGCCCUUAAUAUGUAUACAAAUGGUGUUUCGCCAGAAUUGGAUUUCUCAGAAAUUGAAAGUAUCAUUGAAAUUAGUGAAAGAUGUAAUAAGAUUCCUGUUCAUGACAGAGCUCCAUAUGGAGGUUCAUUGGUUGUAUGUGCAUUCAGUGGUUCUCAUCAAGAUGCAAUCAAAAAGGGAUUUGCUAAGCAAGAUGAAAGAUUAGCCAAAGGUGACAACAUAUGGGCCAUACCUUAUUUGCCUUUAGAUCCAAAGGACAUUGGUAGAUCAUAUGAAGCUGUUAUAAGAGUCAACUCUCAAUCCGGUAAGGGUGGUGCUGCUUGGGUGAUCUUAAGAAGUCUUGGAUUAGAUUUACCAAGACAAUUACAAGUAGCUUUCUCCAGCACAGUUCAAGAUCGUGCUGAUUCAUUAGGUCGUGAAUUGAAAUCAGAAGAAAUAACCACUUUAUUCAAGUCUAAAUAUUGUAUUACUUCACCAAUCUCAUUAAAAGAUUUUGAAGUUACUAAAAACAAAAUCAAUAAUGAUCGUGAAAUAUAUGCUGUCUUAAAUAAUGCUAAUGGUGAAACCAUAAAUAUCAAGGGUCAAGGUAAUGGUCCAAUUUCUUCAUUCAUUGAUGCUAUUUCUAAGGAAUUUGGUGUUUUAUUUGAAGUCAUCAACUAUACUGAACAUAGUUUAGGUAGUGGUACACAAGGUCAAGCUGCAACUUAUAUAGAGUUAGGUUAUGUCAAUUCACACGGACAAAAUGUCAGAAGAUGGGGUUGCGGUAUAGAUUCAGAUGUUUCAGAAGCUUCAAUUGAAGCUAUUCUUACUGUUGUUAACUCAUUGAUUGAGGAACAAGAAAUCAAAUUAUAGAAUUGUUAAGCAUAGGGAAUUUAAAAGUAGUUUAUGAUUGAUUUUUAUUUAAACAUGACUGUAUAUGUAUGAAUAAAUAUGUAUACUAUAAAAGUAAUUUAUAUUGUAAUACCAAGUUUUUUGCAACUGGAUGUUAUCUUAUCGCUAUUCAUCAUUAGGGUUGAAGCCCUAGUCAAAUAAACACACGUGCAUAAAAGUUUAUCUGCAGUAUUAUGGUUAAAUAUAUAGGUCGUGGUUGGGCCCAAAAAAUGAAAAAAGUACAGUCUACAGUUCUCUAGCAGACAUUUGUCGCACUAAAAUUAAUGUAUGUACUCAUAGUUAAAAAAUGUCUCCAUAGUAAAAAUCA